AUGAAAUUCUACAAUAAACAUGGAGGCCAAAUCAUCCUGGAGGACAUCAAGAAACCAGAGCAAGAUGAGUGUAGCAAUGGUCUGGAGACAGUGCAAAGAGCUUUGCAGGUGGUGAAGAAUGUGAACCAGAGUCUGCUGGAUCUUCACAAACUCUCCUCUGAGAGGACAGAACCUCAUUUGUGUGACUUCCUGGAGUCUCACCACUUGGAUCAACAAGUGACUAUGACCAAGAAGUUUGGAGAUCACAUCACCAACCGGGAGAGACUGGGAUGCCCGGAGAAUGGAAUGGGAGAGUACCUGUUUGACAAGUUCACCCUGGGGGCUGUGUCACUGAAGUUAAUCUAG